GGAAAGAGAAGAGCGAAAGAUGGCGACCUCAAAUAAUCCACGGAAAUUCAGCGAGAAAAUCGCUUUACAUAACCAGAAACAGGCAGAGGAAACGGCGGCUUUCGAUGAGGUGAUGAAAGACCUGAGCAUUACCAGAGCGGCACGGCUGCAGUUACAGAAGACUCAGUAUUUGCAGCUGGGACAGAGCCGUGGGCAGUACUAUGGAGGAUCCCUGCCCAAUGUGAACCAGCUAGGCAGCAGCACCAUCGACCUGCCCUUCCAGACUGCUUUCCAGACAGCAGGUCUGGACACGAGCCGAUCAACCCGACAUCACGGACUGGUGGACAGGGUGUACAGAGACCGGAACCGGAUCAGCUCUCCACACAGACGCCCGCUUUCAGUGGACAAGCACGGGCGCCAGAUUGAUAGCUGUCCCUACAGCUCUGUUUACCUGUCCCCCCCACCGGACACCAGCUGGAGAAGGACCAAUUCAGAUUCUGCCCUGCAUCAGAGUACCAUGAACCCCAACCCACAGGACACCUUCACAGGAGGAUCACAGGACAUGCAGCACAAACGAGGUCUCACAUGUUUAAUAAAAGCUGCUCAACUUUGUUCGCGUCCCCACCCCCCCACAGUGCUUUUAUUAACAGUACCUGGCACAGAAGAAAAUGAAUCCGAGAUGGACAAAACACACCCAAAGCAAAUGUGGGACAACAAAAAGAAUGUGUCGUCGAGGCCGAAGUCCUGUGAAGUCCCGGGAAUCAAUAUAUUUACAUCACCUGACCAGGAAACAACAUCAUCUCUGAUUCCAGCUGCUCACAACACAGGGGGGUCUCUGCCAGACCUGACAAACAUCCACUUCCCUCCUCCUCUCCCCACCCCGCUGGACCCUGAAGAUUCAUCCUUCCCAAUUCUGAGCUCCUCCAGCAGCACUGGCAACCUGGCAGCCACCCUCACCCACCUGGGCAUCACCACUGCUAACCAAGUGGUUACAACAUCACAGGCAACACUAAGUGGAUCCGGCCGGCAUCAUCAGCGGACAGUGGAUCCGCUCACCCUGAACACAGACUCCAGGAGGCAGCCACCCCAGCAACUCUCCCCCCCUGUAACCAUCUCCCAGGCUAUCACGAUGGAGGCUCUGACCCUGGAACAGCAGCUCCCUCUCUACACCUUCUUCACCCAGCCCAGCUCACAGGCCCACACCCAGGUAGUAAGCGGCCUGCAGCAGCCCAGGCUAGUGCAGCUCCCUUCCCUGUCUGUUUGCACCACCUCCACCCUGUCCCAGUCUCCUCCGGGCAGCCAGACAUCCGUGGGCAUCGACAUCAAUUCGCAGUACCGCAGUAAUGCUGGGUCGCCAGCCAACCAGUCUCCCACCUCUCCUGUCUCCAAUCAAGGCUUCUCUCCUGGCAGCUCCCCUCAACACACUUCAAUCCUUGGCAGCAUCUUUGGGGAUUCGUACUAUGAUCAGCAACUCACGGCCAGGCAGACGAAUGCUCUGUCCCACCAGCUGGAACAGUUCAAUAUGAUUGAGAAUCCCAUCAGCUCCAAUAACCUGUACAGCCAGUGUUCCACCCUGAACUACUCCCAGGCAACCAUGAUGGGCCUGACAGGGAGUCAUGGGAGUCUACAAGAUUCACAGCAACUGAGUUACAUGAGCCACGGAAACAUCCCCAACAUCAUAUUGACAGUUACAGGAGAGUCUCCUCCCAGCUUGUCCAAGGAACUAACCAACUCACUGGCAGGGGUCGGUGACGUCAGCUUCGACGCAGACUCCCACUUCCCUCUGGACGAACUGAAAAUCGACCCCUUGACCCUCGACGGACUUCACAUGCUCAACGACCCAGACAUGGUCCUUGCAGAUCCUGCCACAGAGGAUACGUUCAGAAUGGACCGGCUGUAGCGUGGGAACACCCGUGGAAGGGGCCAGGGAACAGCGCCCCUUGCAGGUUUAGAGAAGAAUAGCAACCCCUCAGAUUGUUCAGAUGUGUGUGAAUGGUGUUCCACUGUUGAUAGUGGCAGCUCUGUUAUGUAAAAAAAAAAAAAAAAAUUAAGCUUGUUGUUCUGAGCUUAUUUUGCCACUGCGCCCAGUUUAGCACUUGCCAUUUGUCCCUCGUUGCAGCUGAUGAAUGGGAAAUUCUGCAUCGCCCAGACUUAAACAAUCUUUUAAGGUUGUCGAUUUGUAUUUUGCAUCGAAUUGAGCUUUGAUCUGAAAUCGGUUUUUAAAAAAAAAAAAAAAAAAAAAAAAAAAAAAAAACUAAACCUCCCUUUAGAAAUUAUGGCAAUAUAAUUCUUUUCAUGACUUCUUACAUUGACUAGAUGUGUCCAGGCUGCCAUUUAAGAUGUGCAACUUCUGUCGACAACCACAUGUUCUUAACUGCUUUGUUGUUUGUUUUUGGUUGUUAUUUAUUUGCCAUUAUUUGUUACAUUUUGAAUUGACCAGCAUUCACUGCCUAUUUUUGUACCCUGCCAAACUAUUCAAUGUGAAUAGUCAUAUUUUAUUUUAUUUUUAUUAUUUAUUUAAAAUCUACCAGCACUGGUCAACAUUUCUUUCUCUUUUUUUAUUUUUAAGCACAAGGAGUACUAAACCUCCCCAUAGUUAAUAUUAUUGGUUCUAAAAAUAGAUUAUCAUGCUUAAAGUGAAACAGCACUUGUACACAUUUUAUUUUUAUCAUCCUACUAGUUUACUUUGCAGUCUACACAGCAGAAUUAAGGGAAUCCUUACAGUUUGUAUUAUUUUUUAUAUUUGGACAAAUUCUAAAAUGUAAAUGCUACUGUAAGGUGUAAAAAGAUACACUACAGAGAUGAAAACCAACUACAAUGAGUCACUGUGAUCACCCAAGUUUGCCUUAAGUAGUGAGUUUUUUGUCCAUUAGAUAAUGGGAAGAAUAUUUUCGUAAAAUAAUUGUUUUAAAUAAAAAUGUAAUUCGUGAUGAGGCAACAAAAUUGUACUCACUCUUUGCAGGGUCUAUUUUUUUUACUUGCACACUAAAAGGGAUUAUGUGCAAUCCUUAAGGAAGCAUCAUGGUUGAAACAUUAACCAGCAGUCAAUAGCGGGAGGGUUAUUACUCCUUGGGAUGUCUCAUUGCUAACAAAUAAGGAAGGGUGAGGCUUAUCCAGCAGGGCACCAUUACUGAUCACUACUGAGGCGGAUGUUUUGCAGUCAGUGGCAUCAUUUUUUUUUUUAUUCUGUGUGGGACAGAUUUAAUAAGCUUUGACUCUUAAGAAAGAAAAAUAAAUAAAUAAAUAAAACUGUAAUGGUACAA